AUGGAAACAAAAAAACCUAUUGCUCUUUUAUUAAGUAAGGUUGGCAGGGGAAAAACUUGUUUUUUCAAUAAAAUAUGCACUCAAUCCAAAAAAACGCAAUUUGGUGGCUCUUCAUGCACGAGGGAGAUCUUUUUAAAAUGCUCAUCCUUUGGAAAAGGAUUCUACUUAAUGGAUACACCAGGAUUUGGAUGUGAUGAAGACAUAAUAACCCAUUUAUCUGCUUUAUUUGUAGCCGCCGAAAGACCCUUGAACGCAAUUUUGAUUUUAACAAAAUUUGAUCGAUCUUGCGUUAUGAAAGAGGAAAUAAAUUAAGCCUUAUCCAUGCUCUCUUAAUGUAGAGAAAUUAUUAUUGUUAUUGUUACAUUUUGGGAUGAUGUAGAAAAAGAACCAUAAGAAAGUUAAGAUAAAUUGAAAAGUGACAUUGAAGAUUAAGUAAUGAAACCGCUUAAGCUUAAAUCAUUUAUAUGUACAAGUAAGAGCACUACAGGAGAUCUCAUUUGUUCUUAAUUAGAUUAGUUAAUUUAAAAUAAUGUAAAAAGAUCAGUAUAAUUAACUCCAUAAGAGUUUUCGUUUUAAUUUUCCAAACAUACAUUGUUUUCUAUAUAGGAUGAAUUGGAAACACAUAAAUUAAAAUAAGCCUUUUAGAAUAAAUGCGAAGUAGUGUUAAAAUUUAUACAAUAAUAACCAGAUAAUUCAGAAAAAACAUCUGAUUUGAUGCAUGAGAUAAUACUACUAAUUAAAAAAGAAGCCCACAAGACUGUUAUGGAAUUUACCAAUUAAAAUAGAGAUAAGUUUGAAGAAUUAGUUGAAAAAUUUGGAAUUUGCGAAUAUACAUAUUUAGCCCACACUAAAUUAAAAGCAGAAAUAAUGGGGACUCUAGAAUAAGUCAAAUAAAUAGCAAUGUUAAAGAUGUAAACUUACUAAUUCCAUUGUUAUAAUUUUAUCAAAAAAUGCCCUAAUUGCGGUUUAAUUUGGUAUAAAGUUUCAGGUUGCGAUGGUGUAACAUCAUGUGGAAAAAUAUUACCAGAAAAAGACGAGCCAAAACACACACCUAAGCCAAAAAGAUAUCAAGUAAUUUUUAAUGGUUAUGAUUUGGAAAUCAUUGAAAAUAUUUAAAUUAACAAUCAAUCUAAAAUUAAUGAUCUAACUAUUAUUAAUGAACAAUCUAAUAAUAAUGAUUAAAACUAAGGUCUUUUAGAUGGCUAAUCUAAUGGUUUAUUAGGAUGUGGUAUUGAAUUUAAUUGGAAAGAGACAGAUAGUCUUACUGAAUAAGAAAUAAUAGACUUAAGAGAUACAGGAUAUUUAGAUAUGUUGUGCAUGGUUUAAGACAAAGAUAGCAAGGACAUAGAAAAUGAGAAAAGGUAUUUACAAAAAAUUGAAGAAUAAUAAAUGAGAGUUAGAGAAUCUUUAAACAGACAAAUUGAAGCAGAGAAUAAUAAUUUUGAGCAAAAGGAAAAAGCAAGUUAAAAUGAAUAAUUCAAUGAAGAAAGAAAAAAUUCAGAUUAAUAAAUUGCGAUAUCCUAUAUUUAAUAGGAAAAUAAUUAAACUUCAUUUAAAGACGAUGCUAAAAUUUAAAACGAUUCAUGCUCUAUUUCAACUUGCAACAUAAGCUGAUGAGGAUUUUUAUUUGCAUAAAAAAGUAGAAUAUAAUUUUAUAAAUA